AUGCUCCGCCCGGUGGCCCCCCUCGUGCUGCUCCUCGAGGGUGGCUACAACCUCCGGGCCACCACCAUGUCCACGGAGGCCUGUUUGCGGGUACUCCUUGGUGAGGAGUUGCCUGCCAGCCAGAGCAUGUCCUGUCCUUGCCCCUCGCCCUUUGCCUGGCUGGGCAUACAGCAGGCCAUCAGGGUGCAGUGCCAGUACUGGACUAGCCUGACCUCGGUGGCGGAUGUGGCCAACAGCUGGGUGGGCAGCCCGAUACGCAGCCUGUCCAGUGGCCUCGACUGGCCCAAUGUGAUGGCUGGGGGCCCCGCCCCUGCCCCGCGGGCUGGCAGCUCCUCGGAGCCCAGGGAGGGCGGCCUGCGGGGGGUGCCCGUGCGCCGGCGGGCCCCCAGGGGGCUGCUGCGUGGGAGGCGACAGGUCGUGGGGCGACGGGAGAGGCUGCUGAAGUCGGAUUGGCGGUACAAGAUCAUUCUGGCGAUCCACAACAACGCGAUGAAGGCGUUGUGGCGGAGGAAGCGGCAGCUGCCGAGGCAGCAGUCAUUGGGGAGCAUAGGGUCGAUGAUGGAGCUCUGCAGCAUCGGCUCCUCGGGCUCCCAGCAGUCCCUGCGGAGCUGCCCACCGAACGCCGUGUUUGACAGUGCCAACAGCGGCAGAGAGAAGAAGAUGAAGCGGCUGCACCGAUUCCCGUCGCUGUGA